AUGCGAGCGAAACCAGAGGUUGGAGCGAAACCAGAGGUUGGAGCGAAACCAGAGGUUGGAGCGAAACCAGAGGUUGGAGCGAAACCAGAGGUUGGAGCGAAACCAGAGGUUGGAGCGAAACCAGAGUUUGGAGCGAAACCAGAGGUUGGAGCGAAACCAGAGUUUGGAGCGAAACCAGAGGUUGGAGCGAAACCAGAGGUUGGAGCGAAACCAGAGUUUGGAGCGAAACCAGAGUUUGGAGCGAAACCAGAGGUUGGAGCGAAACCAGAGUUUGGAGCGAAACCAGAGGUUGGAGCGAAACCAGACUUUGGAGCGAAACCAGAGGUUGGAGCGAAACCAGACUUUGGAGCGAAACCAGAGGUUGGAGCGAAACCAGACUUUGGAGCGAAACCAGAGGUUGGAGCGAAACCAGAGGUUGGAGCGAAACCAGAGUUUGGAGCGAAACCAGAGUUUGGAGCGAAACCAGAGGUUGGAGCGAAACCAGAGUUUGGAGCGAAACCAGAGGUUGGAGCGAAACCAGAGUUUGGAGCGAAACCAGAGGUUGGAGCGAAACCAGACUUUGGAGCGAAACCAGAGGUUGGAGCGAAACCAGAGGUUGGAGCGAAACCAGACUUUGGAGCGAAACCAGAGGUUGGAGUGAAACCAGAGUUUGGAGCGAAACCAGAGGUUGGAGCGAAACCAGAGUUUGGAGCGAAACCAGAGGUUGGAGCGAAACCAGACUUUGGAGCGAAACCAGAGGUUGGAGAGAAACCAGACUUUGGAGCGAAACCAGAGGUUGGAGCGAAACCAGAGGUUGGAGCGAAACCAGAGUUUGGAGCGAAACCAGAGGUUGGAGCGAAACCAGAGUUUGGAGCGAAACCAGAGGUUGGAGCGAAACCAGAGUUUGGAGCGAAACCAGAGGUUGGAGCGAAACCAGACUUUGGAGCGAAACCAGAGGUUGGAGCGAAACCAGAGUUUGGAGCGAAACCAGAGGUUGGAGCGAAACCAGACUUUGGAGCGAAACCAGAGGUUGGAGCGAAACCAGACUUUGGAGCGAAACCAGAGGUUGGAGCGAAACCAGAGUUUGGAGCGAAACCAGACUUUGGAGCGAAACCAGAGGUUGGAGCGAAACCAGAGGUUGGAGCGAAACCAGAGUUUGGAGCGAAACCAGAGGUUGGAGCGAAACCAGAGUUUGGAGCGAAACCAGAGGUUGGAGCGAAACCAGACUUUGGAGCGAAACCAGAGGUUGGAGCGAAACCAGAGUUUGGAGCGAAACCAGAGGUUGGAGCGAAACCAGAGUUUGGAGCGAAACCAGAGGUUGGAGCGAAACCAGACUUUGGAGCGAAACCAGAGGUUGGAGCGAAACCAGACUUUGGAGCGAAACCAGAGGUUGGAGCGAAACCAGAGGUUGGAGCGAAACCAGAGUUUGGAGCGAAACCAGAGGUUGGAGCGAAACCAGAGUUUGGAGCGAAACCAGAGGUUGGAGCGAAACCAGAGUUUGGAGCGAAACCAGAGGUUGGAGCGAAACCAGACUUUGGAGCGAAACCAGAGGUUGGAGCGAAACCAGACUUUGGAGCGAAACCAGAGGUUGGAGCGAAACCAGAGGUUGGAGCGAAACCAGAGUUUGGAGCGAAACCAGAGGUUGGAGCGAAACCAGAGUUUGGAGCGAAACCAGAGGUUGGAGCAAAACCAGACUUUGGAGCGAAACCAGAGGUUGGAGCGAAACCAGACUUUGGAGCGAAACCAGAGGUUGGAGCGAAACCAGACUUUGGAGCGAAACCAGAGGUUGGAGCGAAACCAGAGUUUGGAGCGAAACCAGACUUUGGAGCGAAACCAGAGGUUGGAGCGAAACCAGAGUUUGGAGCGAAACCAGAGGUUGGAGCGAAACCAGAGUUUGGAGCGAAACCAGAGGUUGGAGCGAAACCAGACUUUGGAGCGAAACCAGAGGUUGGAGCGAAACCAGACUUUGGAGCGAAACCAGAGGUUGGAGCGAAACCAGAGUUUGGAGCGAAACCAGAGUUUGGAGCGAAACCAGAGGUUGGAGCGAAACCAGACUUUGGAGCGAAACCAGAGGUUGGAGCGAAACCAGACUUUGGAGCGAAACCAGAGGUUGGAGCGAAACCAGAGUUUGGAGCGAAACCAGAGGUUGGAGCGAAACCAGACUUUGGAGCGAAACCAGAGGUUGGAGCGAAACCAGAGUUUGGAGCGAAACCAGAGGUUGGAGCGAAACCAGAGGUUGGAGCGAAACCAGAGGUUGGAGCGAAACCAGAGUUUGGAGCGAGCAAGGGAGCGGGUCUCACAAAGAGGAGGUGCAACGAGUCUCGGAAGCCAGCUGCAGCCAGGCAGCGCUGA